GCGCCAUGUCUUUACGCAUUCUCGCUCCUCCCUUGUACCGGAGAUUCGUCCAUCGUUUCCGUCCUCACAUGUGCCACGCCGGCUCUUGGUCAACCGCUUUACAAUGAGCUCCAGAGCGCUUCCGUUUCCUGUUCCUGGACCCCUACCAAAUCCUGAUUUCCAGUUUGGCGCUUCGACAUCUGCGUCGCCUCCACAUGUCUCACCGGAUGCAGAAUCCCCUGGGAAUGUGCACACAUGGGCGUUUCCUCGUAAUGAGGCAGAUCAGGACACGGAGGACUCAUACAGUUCAACUUGUACAUCCAACUUCGAGAUACGCAUGUCCGGUCUGAACAUACAGUCUAGCCAGAGAUCGCCCGUCUUCGUUUGCUUACCAACACAGGGAACACAGGAACCAGGUGCUCUUCCCCUGCUUACACUGUUUCACCCGUGGAAGUACGCACCCUGGAUACGGCAAAGAACCCUGGCUCUUCGGGUCUACGAACGAGCGAGGCUUCGUUUCGGUACAAUCCUGGCCAACACCUAUCUGGGUCCCACGGAGCCUGCCAUAGCAACCCGCAAGCCCAGUAUACCUACCAUCCAAGGAGUGCCGCACAGUCAUAUCCAGAACAAUAUCGAUAUAGCUCCUCAUACCAACGUCCGUAGAAACGACGUCCUCGUUCAACGCAUACCAUUUCGCCCAGAAUCCAACCAAUACUCCUACACAUGAUACUAUCCGUCAUUCCCGCAGGACAGCACGUUUCCCUACACAGAUGUCUCAUACGGCCAACUCGGGUUGCAGUAUCCAACAGAGAGCACGUUUUCGUGUAGCUCUGCUCCGUCUGCUAAUAUUGGAAUCGUCGGGGGUAUGAACUCGUAUGUGUUGCCUCCGGCUUUGCUGUGCCUCCUGCAAAUAGGGUGGGGCAUGGUGAGGAACAGUUCAG